AUGCGAGAAACUCUUGCUAGAUUGUAUAAUGUUACUACUCAAUUAUGUAGUAGAAUACAAGAUCUAGAACUGGAGGUUCGUAAUGGUCGUGCUCAAGGUAAUGAAGGUAAUGAAAAUCGUAAUAGAGCUGAUCGUGUUGUCAAUAGGAAUGAUCCUUAUGAACUUGCCUUCCAUGGAGGUUCUCCUAGUGAGGGGAAUGAGCUAGUCCUUCAUUCUAGUUUUGGAAUGCCAAGUUUACUUUGCAGGCCAAUCAAGGAAGAAAGGAUGGAUCUUGACUACCUAUGUGAUAGGGAGUUGGUUCAAAAGAGCUAUGAUCAAGGGAAUGAGAAUGUCAUUAACUUUGGGGUUCAAACCAAAGUAGAUGAAGACCUCAUGGAAAUAAGUGCUGAAGAGUAUCAAGAGAGUUUGACUCUUCAACAAGAUGUCACUCAGGAGAAUGAAAAUAGUCACUCAGGGGAAUGGAGGCCAGGGGUGUUCUUCUCCUCUUCCUACUGUUGUAGUUGUUUUAUUAGCACUGUUGAUGGAGACCAUCUAGCUAACACUAAUGAAGAGGGACAAGUUGCUGCCAAUAAUGGAGAAGACGAGCAAGUUGAGGACGUGAAUGCUAAUGGAGGAUCUAAAGAUGCUGCUUUAAAGAAUAAUCCUUACAUUCGUGAUCCACUUUCAAACAUUGUUGGACCAAUGACUCGUGCUAGACGCAAGAGGAUGAAUGAAUCACUUAAUAGUCUAAUUGUUACUACAUGGGCUAAGGAGGAAAUUAAGCUUGAAGAUUACAAGCCCAAGACUAUUAAUUUGCUGCAAGUGACACCAAAUGGACAUGGCCCAUUUGGAGAGAAGAAUUUCGGCCCUCAAUCCACAAGGGGACCGCCGGCCACCUUUCCUCAUGUUGCAAACACUAAUGGAGACCAUCUAGCUAACACUAAUGGAGAGGGACAUGUUGCUGCCAAUAAUGGAGAGGACGAGCAAGUUGAGGUCGUGAAUGCUAAUGGAGGAUCUAAAGAUGCUGCUUUAAAGAAUAAUCCUUUCAUCCGUGAUCCACUCUCAAACAUUGUUGGACCAAUGACUCGUGCUAGACGCAAGAGUAUGAAUGAAUCACUUAAUAGUCUAAUUGUUACUACAUGGGCUAAGGAGGAAAUUAAGCUUGAAGAUUACAACCCCAAGACUAUUAAUUUGUUGCAAGUAACACCAAAUGGACAUGGCCCAUUUGGAGAGAAGAAUUUUGGCCCUCAAUCCUCAAAGGGACCGCCGACCACAUCUCCUCAUGUUGGUCGAAUUGCUCCCUAA